GCUGAAGGUGAGGUGGCAGCUCUGAACAGACGUAUCCAGCUCGUGGAAGAGGAGUUGGAUCGUGCCCAAGAACGGCUGGCCACAGCCUUGCAGAAACUGGAGGAGGCUGAGAAAGCAGCGGAUGAGAGCGAGAGAGGAAUGAAGGUUAUUGAGAACAGAGCAAUGAAAGAUGAAGAGAAAAUGGAAAUUCAGGAAAUGCAGCUGAAGGAGGCUAAGCACAUUGCUGAAGAAGCUGACCGCAAGUAUGAAGAGGUUGCCCGUAAACUGGUUAUUUUGGAGGGUGAACUGGAAAGAGCUGAAGAGCGUGCGGAGGUGUCCGAAGUUAAAUGUAGUGACCUUGAAGAGGAGUUAAAGAAUGUCACUAACAACCUGAAGUCUUUGGAAGCUCAAUCUGAAAAGUACUCGGAAAAAGAAGAUAAAUACGAAGAAGAAAUCAAGAUUCUCUCUGACAAGCUUAAAGAAGCUGAAACUCGUGCUGAAUUUGCAGAGAGAACAGUUGCCAAACUGGAAAAGUCUAUUGAUGACCUGGAAGACGAGCUCUACGCUCAGAAGCUGAAGUACAAAGCGAUCAGUGAGGAGCUUGACCAUGCUCUCAAUGACAUGACCUCGUUGUGAUCUGCGCCUUCGGGGGG